AUGAACAAGCUGCGCCAGAGCCUGCGACGCAAGCAGCCGGCGUACGUCCCGGAGGCGAGCCGGCCCCACCAGUGGCAGGCGGACGAGGAGGCCGUGCGCAAGGGCCGCUGCAGCUUCCCCGUGCGGUACCUGGGCCAUGCCGAGGUGGAGGAGUCGCGGGGCAUGCACGUGUGCGAGGAGGCGGUGAAGAAGCUGAAAGCGAGCGGCCGCAAGUCCGUGAAGUCUGUGCUGUGGGUCUCGGCCGACGGGCUGCGCGUUGUGGAUGACAAGACCAAGGACCUCAUUGUGGACCAGACGAUCGAGAAGGUUUCCUUCUGCGCCCCCGAUCGCAACUUUGACAAGGCCUUUUCCUACAUCUGCCGGGACGGCACCACGCGCCGCUGGAUCUGCCACUGCUUCCUGGCACUCAAGGACUCGGGCGAGCGCCUGAGCCACGCCGUGGGCUGUGCUUUCGCCGCCUGCCUGGAGCGCAAGCAGAAGCGCGAGAAGGAGUGCGGCGUCACCGCCUCCUUCGAUGCCAGCCGCACCAGCUUCGCCCGCGAGGGCUCCUUCCGCCUGCCCGGCCCGCCCGCCUCCGCCACGCGGCCCUCGGGGGCCCGGCUGCCACCGGAGCGGAAGAAAGCGGAAGCAGCGGCAGCCCCUUCGGCUCCCCCGCCGGGCCCCGCGCAGCCCGGCAGCGCCUCCCCGCCCCAGGGGGCCGUGUCGCCGGAGGAGAAGGGGGAGCCGGGGGGGGCCCGUGCCAUUCCGCGCCGCCACGCCCCCCUGGAGCAGCUGGUGCGGCAGGGCUCCUUCCGCGGCUUCCCCACCCUGAGCCAGAAGAACUCGCCCUUCAAGCGGCAGCUCUCCCUGCGCCUGAACGAGCUGCCCUCCACCCUGCAGCGCCGGGGCCAUGGGGGGGGCGCAGAACUCGCCCCGGCAUCUGGCGGGGACUCGGACGGCAUCACCGCCCUCUGCAGCCAGAUCGAUGCCUCGCUCACCCAGCCGGCGGGGGGGGAGUCCUCCGGCGGAGCCCCUCCCAGCGGCGCCCUGGGGCACGUCCCGGCGGCAGCGCCCACGGAAGGGGGCAGCACAGGCCCCGCCGCAUGGAUGGACCCCGCCGUGGGAGCCCCCGUGAGCGCGCCCUUCCAGCCCGGGCACAAGCGGACGCCGUCGGAGGCCGAGCGCUGGCUGGAGGAGGUGGCCCAGGCCGCCAAGGCCCAGCUGCAGCACCAGCAGCAGCAGCCCGCCGUGGCGGCACCGGCCCCCGGCCCCCGGCCCCCCUUCCCGCUGGGCUACGACGCAGCCCCCCCCCCCCUGGGCAUGUUCGCGCCCCCCCCCCUGCCCCCCGCCUUCGUGCCGCUGGGGGCGGCCUACCCUGCCCUGGUCCCCUGCACGGCCGUCCCCGUGGUGGGCAUCACCCCCUCCCAGAUGGUGGCCAACGCUUUCUGCUCGGCCGCACAGGCCCCCGCCGCCGCCCUGGGGGGCAAGGGGGGGCCCUUCCCCCCGAGCCUGCUGGGCCCCUGCCGGCCCAAGGCCAACGGGUCCGCCUGGCCUCCUGGGCAGAGCCAGCCGGCGCCCCCCGCCCCGCGCCAGGAGCCCCCCGACCCCUUUGAAGCGCAGUGGGCUGCCCUGGAGACCAAGCCCCCCCCCACCAUGCCCAACCCUUUCUCCAGCGACCGGCAGAAGUCCUUCGAAAUCGAACUGUGA